AUGGAAAAUGGCGCCCAAUUUGAUACUACCGAGGUUGAAAUUAGAAGUUCGGUUAAUAUGGUGUGCGAGAAAAAUCCUUUCCUACUAACAACAAAUCGCCACAAUAUCCCACCUUUCCAAAUGAAUAAUGAAGAAAGUGAAAAAGCGGACAUCAAAGAAGAUCCCCUGGAAGAAGAGCGGAAUGGUAUGGUACGCGAAGUUGGCAAUCAAGCCGUUUGGAGUUUAUCAUCAUGCAAACCGGGUUUUGGUGUAGAACGUUUACGUGAUAAUAUUAUGGAUACAUAUUGGCAAUCGGAUGGCCAACUGCCACAUUUGGUGAACAUCCAAUUUCAUCGGAAAACGAAUAUCAGUCAAAUUUACAUCUAUACCGAUUAUAAACUGGAUGAAAGUUAUACACCAUCACGCAUUUCGAUACGUGCCGGAUCACAUUUCAAUGAUUUGCAGGAGUUGCAAAUUGUUGAUUUAAAUGAACCCACCGGUUGGGUUACCAUACCCAUCAAGGAUGGCAGUGUGAAAUGUAUUCGCACCUUUAUGCUGCAAAUUGCUGUGAUUUCCAAUCAUCAAAAUGGCCGUGAUACACAUAUGCGCCAAAUCCGCAUACAUGCCCCGGUGGAAGAUCGCCACUACCCCUUGGAACUGUUUGGUAAAUUCAGUACUGUAAAUUUUCAAAAAUUUGCCACAUUACGUUAAUUUUUUGUAUUAAGAGAGAUGUAUUUUUU